UGUAAAAUUAUUUUUUCAUCAAAGACUUAUUAGUGAAGACUUGGAAUAUGGUCAUUUAGGUCCAACAGUUUUAAAAAAAAAAAAAAUGGUCCAACAAAAAAGUCCCUGUAUCCAACUACCAUAUGCCGUAACCUCUAUCCCAUUAUUUGCAUACAUCCGCAACCACGCAUUGGAAGGAACAAAAACAAACCACACCUAAGCAAGACCGUCCAUGGGCUUAAUCCAAAAUCUCCUCAAUGUCUUCUCCUUCCUUUUAAUUCUAACUCUCUCCUUUGCCUCAUCUAGAGCAACCCAGAUAGAGAUCCUCAAUAACUGCACCUACACCGUUUGGGCCGCCGCCAACCCGGGCGGCGGAAAGCAGCUAAAACAAGGCGAGACAUACACUCUCAGCAACAUAACCAGCUCAGGCCGGAUCUGGGGCCGGACCAAGUGCGCUUUCGAUCGCGAAGGCCAUGGCAAAUGCGAGAGCGGUGACUGUGAAGGCCGGCUCCACUGCCAAGCCAACGGUCGAGCCCCUAACACCCUGGCCCAAUAUUCACUAAACCAAAGAAACAAUGAUGUCUUCUACAUCUCUGUUGUUGAAGGGUUUAACAUUCCUAUGGAAUUCAGCGUGUCGCCGUCAUCGCCGCCAUCGUCAUCUUCAAAUUGCAGCAAUGCCAUUAGCGAAUGCACUGCAGAUGUAAACGGGGCGUGUCCGAUGGAGUUAAGAGAUCCGGCGGGGUGUAACAAUCCUUGCACCGUGUUCCGAAACAAUCAGUUCUGUUGCAAUUCCGGGAUGAGCAUUUGCAAACCUACGAGUUAUUCCGAGUUUUUUAAGGAUCUUUGCCAGGACGCCUUUACUUUCCCUUAUGAUUUUGAUCAGAGAAACACUUGCCCAACUGGGACCAACUACAACGUUGUCUUCUGCCCAAGUCAGUCAACCAAAACAGGUAUGAUUAUUGUCUACUGGGGCCAGAGCGGAAAUGAAGGAAGCUUGGCCGAUACAUGUGCCACAGGCAAUUAUGGAGUAGUGAACAUUGCUUUUCUUAACACUUUUGGCAGUGGCCAGACCCCAUCGCUCAACCUUGCUGGCCACUGUGACCCGACGACGAACGGGUGCACUCGUUUGAGCAACGACGUCAAAGCUUGCCAAAGCAAGGGUAUCAAGGUCAUGCUUUCCAUUGGUGGUGGUGUUGGUAGCUACAACCUUUCUUCUGCAGAGGAUGCAAGAGUAAUUGCAGACUACCUGUGGAAUAACUUUCUUGGAGGCCAAUCAGAUUCCAGGCCUCUAGGUGAUGCAGUUCUGGAUGGGAUUGACUUUGAUAUUGUGGGAGGCACAACACGGUACUGGGAUGAACUUGCCAAGGCACUAAUUGCGUAUAGCCAGCAGAUGAAUAAGGUCUACUUAUGCGCAUCUCCACAAUGUCCGUUCCCGGAUGCAUGGUUAGGCAGUGCACUAAACACCGGCCUAUUUGACUUUCUCUCGGUCCAAUUCUACAACAACCCUCCUUGCGAAUAUUCUGGCAAUGCGCAGGAUCUGAAGAGCUAUUGGAGCAAGUGGAUGUCGAUCCCCGCUGGCCAAAUAUUUCUAGGCUUGCCUGCUUCCCCGGAGGCUUCCGGUAGUGGCUAUAUUCCCCCUGAUGUGCUCUCAUCUAAAGUGUUACCAUCCAUCAAACGCUCCCCCAAGUAUGGAGGUGUUACGCUUUGGUCUAAGCAAUAUGAUAAUGGCUAUAGCUCAGCAAUUAAGCCUAAUGUUUGAACUACGGAGCCAUUAGCAUAAGACAACAACUAUACAUACGCAGUGCUAAUGUUAAUUAGUUAAAGAAAAUACAUAUAUAUAUAUAUAUAUAUAUAUAUGAAUGUAUAAUAUGCAUGCAGAUGCAGGCUUGCUACGCAAAUUUGCAGUUUCUAAGUUCCUUAGAGUUAAUAAUCGCGCCAAUAAUAUCAUAAUGAUGUGUCAUUGGUCGUUGCAGAUUAAGAACAACUUCCAGUGUAACAACUGUGAGGAUCCUUGUUUUUAGUCAUCACUACUACUGUGACGCCCCUCCUAUGAGGCCGCCACUGUAACUUAAACUUUAACUUGUACUUACUGGGGUUUCUUAAAAUU